UCUGCAGACUUCGAAUAUUGUCGACACAAUAAUGUAGACCUGAUUGACCACGAAUUGCGACUACAGUCCAAAUUGUCAUCACUCAACGUGAAGAUAGAGGCUCUCACUCAACAACGUGAGAUUCUUCAAUCAGAGCUUGAUCAGGUGAAGCAUCAAAUCGCUUUAGCCAAAUUGAACUCCGCUGAGGUCUCAGCUUCUUCAGAAUAUUCUGAGCAGAGAAAUUUUCCCUGGUCUGCUGAACUUAAUCGCGUCAGACAGGACGUCUUUCACAUCUCGGAGUUUCGUCCUCUACAGCUACCUGCAAUUAAUGCCUUCUUGGAUAACCGGGAUGUGGUUCUUGUCAUGCCAACUGGUGCCGGCAAAAGCUUGGUGUACCAGUUGCCCUCUUUCCUUGAAACCCCCGACCUGGUUGUUAGUCCACUUGUCUCCCUGAUGACUGACCAGGCAGUAGCUCUGAAACGCCUGUCCAUUCCCGAGGCUUCCGUGGCCCUUCUGGAUGCCGCUCUACCUCCGGCCGAACAAAAACGUCCAAGGAAUGGAUGUCUUCGUGUGCUUUUCGUUACACCAGAGAAGUUAUCCAAGUCGAAAGUGCUGAUGCAUCGUCUGGAGAAGGCGUACGAGCGUGGUCGCCUGGCGCGCAUAGUCGUCGACGAGGUGCACUGUGUGAGCCAGUGGGGCCACGACUUCCGUCCGGACUACAAGUUCCUCCACGUUCUGCGCUCCCAGUUCCCCGGCGUCCCCAUCCUCGGACUGACCGCGACAGCCUCUGCGGAGGUGGUUCUUGAUGUGCAGAAGAUGCUCGGUCUCAAGGCUGACUGUCUUGUUCUUCGGUCCUCUUACAAUCGACCGAAUCUUCUUUACGAGGUAGGUUUGUCGGCGUACCUCAAUGAGGCGGGCGUCGCCUCGGCGCACUACCACGCCAACGUCCAGGCGGAGCAACGCGCGCGCGACCACGUGGCUUGGCUUGAGGACAAAAUUAAGGUGAUAGUAGCGACCGUGGCUUUUGGCAUGGGGAUCGACAAGCCAAACGUCCGCUUUGUCUUGCACCUGUCUCCCAGCAAAAGUGUCGAAAACUACUAUCAGGAGUCGGGCCGCGCUGGCCGUGACGGGCGCCCAAGUAGAGUGAUCCUUUUCUGGCGCCUAGGCGAUAUAUUUCGACUGGCAAAUAUGGUCUUUAGCGAGCAGACAGGCCUGGCCAAACUGUCCCAAAUGAUCGCCUAUGUUGUUGAUACGCGCCAGUGCCGGCGACGUCUUCUUGCUGAUGGACUGGGUGACAACAGCUGGAAAGCCGAACACUGCGGCCAGUCACCUUGUGACGUUUGUUCCGCCACCUCAGGAAAUUCAGAAGGUCGUAAGUCAUCCUCAAUUAAAUACGCAAUUGAAUUGGAUGUCACUGGAGCCCUCAACAAAAUGUCUGAGAUCCUUCAGGAAAGUAGCCUCAACUCGCAACGUCUCACAGGGGCCAAAUUAGUCGAUCUCCUUUCAAAGGACAAAACUGUUGCAGCAACUCUGUCCAGCAUUCCCAGUCGCCGGAAACAGACUCGAUUUUGUGAAUACCUGAUUGCUUGGUCUCUAUGCAAUGACGUCGUCACUAUGGACUUCCAUUUCACUCCCUACUCGACGAUCGUGUACGUCGUGUCGUCAGGUCGCCGGCGGGCUUCAAGGCUGCGGCUCCCGGCCGACGUCCUGGUGGACGGGGGCGUUGGGGAUGACGGUGAGGCGCGAGCGCGAAAACGCCCUGCAGCCCUCGCCAUCGACCUCCUCUCCGACUGA